GGUUAAAAGGCAUCGGAACCAGUCCAGGGUGUCUCACUUGGACGGCGCAAUCUUAGCGAGUGCAGCGCGACGUUUCGACUCAGAAAGUGCGAGAAUUGUAAUUGCGAGGAUAUUCAAGACACUGAAGAGGGUCAGGUAUCAACAUGGGAAACUCGGCGGGUGCGAAGAGCAGUCCUAUCUACCUUGACGGAGGUGAUGAACCGGCACUGAGACCGACACCGACACGGCCAGCAAAGGUACAGGACGGAAAAACCAAGGCCAAGAAGAAGCCGGGCAAGAAUGAGAAGGCCAAGCCUACAACUGUGGACAACAUGGUCAACUUGCUGAACAAAAGACACAAAGUCUACAAUAUAAAAGUUCUGUCCAGCCACAGCGCUGACAAGAAUCCGCCUUCCGCACCGGACACCGUCGCCCUGAAGAAAACCGCGGACGGGAUGCAGCAGCUGCAGGUAGGCCAGAAAACCAUCAACACAUGGAGCUGGGACAAAUCCACCAACAAGCUGAUGUGGAGCGAAGGAGAUCAUGCCGGCCACAUCGCCUUCCCACACGAAGAGAGCGCGCGAGGGUACGGGACCAUAAGCCUCGGGCAGACAUCCUACUCCGUGAUGGCAACCCUGAGCCCAGUCACCUACAGGUGUACUCUCUCAAGCAACGCUGGGGCUUACGUUAAACAAGAAGGGUCGGCGCUCAAGUUAAUCUGGGAUGAGUCAAGCAGCGAGUGGAAAAACGCUUCGUGGGAUGAUGAUGUCCUAAGCUUUUCCUACGGCUUAGAGGAACAGUUCUUCAUCGGACAGAAGACCUACAAAGUCGACAUCAACUUCGAGGAUCUGCAGACCAACGUGACGUACAACCCCGCGGAAGGAGACUUCUCGUUCGUCCUCACCCCUGAGUUCAAGGCGGUGUUUCAACACGAGAACGACACGGUGCCUGUUCCUGACGACCCCCGAGAUGACAACAAACACGUCUUCCCGUACCUGCUUCAGUUCACCUUCAACGCUGAAGCGUCCCAGUUUACCGGCGCCAUGCUGACCAAAGCGCUAGAUGCAGCCACGGGAGAGGUGUACGCUGUCAAGGCGUAUGUCCAGGAAGCUGAGGCACUCGCUCUUAGCGCGCCACCACCUCUUAAUGGCCAGGAACUUCUAAACAUGUCCCAAUUCAAGAAGGAUGACGACGGCAGGUGGUAUGACGCUAUCCAGCAGAAGUCUAUGAAUGAUUUCUACACAAUCCUACAGUACUACAUGGAUGCAGACCUCCGGAAGAAGUACAUGGGGAUGAACAAUGCCCCUGACCUGGACCCAACAAUCAAGCAAAUAGCCGACACAGAUGGUAAUCCCUCCGACGAGCAGCGGGAAAAUGGGGACGACGGGAAUGCAAAGGACUGGUACAAGACCCUGAGUGUUGCCUAUCUUGCUCAGGCACUUCCUACCGUAUGGACGAAUGACUCCUACGCUGCAAAACUCAACACGAUUCGAGCGCAAAAGUGGCUGAAAACAGAGACAUCAACGUCAAGUGUUUUCAAUGCCCAGUCUCCGGAGCUGUACAAGACCCACUGGCUGCGGGACAUGCCGAGGAUGGGAGACUUGGUUGACCAGAUGCAGAAUAACGCCGAGUACGCAUCUUACAUCGAACAGGACAAAAACUCUUGGAUAGAAGAGGUCGAAUCCACCGUUGAAGACCCCACUAACCAAGCCUCUAUGCUGUCUAUCAUAGAAAGCCUGACAACAUUAGGAAAAGAAGGGAAGUACUGGGCCUAUUGGCUGUUCCGUGACAUCACCCAGCCAUCUGCCCUCUCGAUGCUCCAGAUGCUCUCUGUUGGAGGAGCCGCCUCUCCGGACGGGUCCGCGUUCUCCAGGCAGAUCCAGCAAAACUGCGCCAUUCUCGGGAUCCUGGACGAAAGCGCCACGUUUCAGGAACAGUACAUCAGGAUCAUCCAGAUCUUCCAGCUGACGAACAUCCUCCCUCAGCUCAUCGACUUCAGCGGCGACAUGACCAACUACCAGUACGCAGUAGAGGACAUCCUGAAAGGCUUUGAGGAGCAGUACAUCAACAGCCCAGAUCCACAGAUGCAAGAGGCUGCGAAGGAAAUCCAAGAGAAACUGAACCAGAAAAACCUGGAAGACCUCCUGUCAGAGCUGCAAAAGAUGGCUUCACAAUUCACAGGAGACUACAACUUCGUAAAGCUCAUGACCUAUGUCGAUAACGUGUACGCAAAAGGUACCUUGUACCUGUUGGGUAAACUGGUUGCAAGUGCUGCAGUUUGUGGAGCCAUCAUGAUGUUCUACGUCGGUGUCAAGAAUUGGAAGGCCCUGGAUGGAGCAAAGCGAGCACAGGUCGUCAACGAUGGCGUCCUUUUGUUCACUGAUGUGGCAGCAGGGCUAGUCAAACGGGGCACAGCGCUGUACGAGAUAUGGGGGACGGAAGCAAUGACGUACAAGAACGUGGCAAAGAUCACAUUCGAAGGCGAAUGCCAGGAGUCCAUCGAACGCGCAUCGAACGGCUUCAGUAAGUGGAUAUUAAAGAAGAAAGGAGAAGAAGCGGAAGUGGGAGUUGAGGCGACUACUGAAGAGGCUGUUGUGGCGGGCGAAGAGGACAUGUCUUUACUGGAGACUCUGCUAGGUAGUAACCUGGACGAAUUCAUGGCCACUCGCUUUGGUGGGGCUGUAGCUGUUUUAGGUCUCGUCUUUGGCGCUAUAUCUCUCAGCAAGUCGAAGACGGAUCUUGAGAAAGCAGCAAACUCCAUGGGAGUCCUGGCGUCGACCCUGCAGAUCUGUGCGACAUUUGGAUCCUGGCUGAUCCCCGAGGGAGCUAUGGUCGCGGGAGUCGAAUGUGCGGCGAUCUGCUCCUGCCUAGGUGCUUUGGCUGUGGUGGCAGCUUUAGUUGGUGUGGUUCUUCUCAUCAUCGAGCUCAAGAAGAAAACACCAGACCCCCUCAAGGACUUCGCCACGAACCAGGCCAACGACGCCGGCCUGUACAUGCCACACGGAGCAGACAUAGACAGUUUCCAAAGCUACCAGCCAAAGGGCCAACUGGAGAAGGAGGGAAUCAGCCUUCAGAUGAACGGAUCGUCCCAGCAGUACCUAAAGUUCAACACAGACGGAACACUCAGCCUCUCCCCGGGAACAAACGGUCCAGACACCGUCUUCUACAUGACUACCGACUCGUACGGCAGAGCCAAGUUCAUCGCCAACUUACCCAACGCCGACAACACGGCCAUCGUGUCCAAGUUUCUCACAGUUGAUGGAAACGGUCAGUUGUCCGGGGCAGACCAGCUAGGCGGGAACUCGGCCAACCAGCAGCUGUGGGUCGCCGAGUGUCAAGGAUCCGUCCAGCGGACCGACGGGCAUCUGACAUCCGCCUCCUUCAAGUUCUACAGCUUUUCCAUGUUCAAGGCGAAGAACAAGAAGUACUACCUGGGAGGAUCCGGCGGCGCUCCCGAAGUGUCUGAGUCCGCCCAGCAGCCGUGGACGGUGUCCAUGGACUCCACCAAGCCUGUUGGUCUCAGAAUGGACGACAUCACUCUCUUCACCUUCCAGAUGGACCAGAAGUUCACGCCGACCCUGCUGAACCCCGGCAGCGACCCCAAGAAGUGGAGCAUCAGGCCAGACCUGCCGAGCUUCAUGCAGCUGGACCAGGCAACCGGCGCCGUGUCGCAGAAGUCGGGAGUCACCCCGGAGAUCACCGCUUCCAACACCUACACGCUGACGGCGCAGAACGACCUCGGCUCAACCUCCACCAAGUUCGUCUUUAAAGUCGGAGAGUAUCCCGACGGUGCAUAAACCGAACGACCACGGAAAAUGAUACGUGCCUGAUAUUCUGUAAGGAAAGCAGAAUUUGUGACAAGUUUGGUAAAACAUUUAGCUGGGCUAGGGAUUCUGCGGAACAUUAGGUGUAAGACGUUCAUAGAUAUCUAUAUGUGUGUCAUUGUGGUUAUUUAAUCGUGGGCUAGGUAUAGUGCAUUGCUAGUUUAGGUGAGUCUUGUUAUAUUAGUUAAUAACGCAAUUUGAAUCCUUAUUGUAUACUUAACGCAAUUUGAAUACUUAUUGUAUAUUAUAUAUGCCAUCAAAGCUGUAAGCUUUUAGAGUUGAGGCUGGUUUAAGGUUAACACUAUUUACAUUUACAUCAUAACGACUACGUGACAUGUUGAGAAACUGUACAAGUUUGGCCCCUCUAUUUCCAGUUCAGGCACGACACUCAUUUCGGUAACAUUACAAUUGUACAAGCCCAUUGGGGCUCAGCAUCAUUCGGAAAGGUGUUGAGUGUGACGUGAAGCCUGAAUAUAUACAAACUGCUCUCAGGAAUAUAGUAACCGUAUUAUCCGAUCUAAACGUGUUGUGUGCAGUACUAAUAAAAUCUUGAAUGUUGAAA